CGAACACAGGAAGUCAGCGCUUCACACACUUCCUCCUCCUUUCUCGUGGAAACAUGGCUGCGCGUAAAGAAUCAACGACUGCAGCAGCGGUAGUAUCCGCCGGUACUUUGGAUUCUCCUGUGAAGUCGAUCCAAAUCGAGGGGCUGGUGGUGCUGAAGAUCAUCAAGCACUACCAGGAGGAGGGCCAGGGCAGCGAGGUGGUGCAGGGCGUCCUGCUGGGGCUGGUGGUGGAGGACCGGCUGGAGAUCACCAACUGCUUCCCCUUCCCACAGCACACCGAGGACGAUGCCGACUUUGAUGAAGUCCAGUAUCAGAUGGAGAUGAUGAGGAGUCUUCGCCAUGUGAACAUCGACCAUCUGCAUGUGGGCUGGUACCAGUCCACUUACUACGGCUCCUUCGUCAGCAGGGCCCUGCUGGACUCCCAGUUCAGCUACCAGCACGCCAUCGAGGAGUCCGUCGUGCUCAUCUAUGAUCCCAUCAAAACCGCUCAGGGCUCGCUGUCACUGAAGGCCUACAGACUCACCCCUAAACUCAUGGAGAUCUGCAAGGAAAAGGAUUUCUCCCCAGAAGGACUGAAGAAGGCACUAGUUGGCUAUGAGCACAUGUUUGAGGAGGUGCCCAUCGUCAUCAAGAACUCCUACCUGGUCAACGUACUGCUGUGGGAGCUGGAGGAGAAGUCCCAGGUGGCCGACAAGCACGAGCUCCUCAACCUGUCCAGCAGUAGUAACCACCUGGAGAAGAGUCUGCAGCUCCUGAUGGACCGCGUGGACGACCUGAGCCAGGACAUCGUCAAGUACAACACCUACACCCGCAACCUCAGCAAGCAGCAGCAGCAGAAACACCAGUAUCUGCAGCGGCGGCAGCAGGAGAAUGCCCAGAGGCAGAGUCGUGGCGAGGCUCCCCUGGCCGAGGAGGACAUCACUAAGCUCUUCAAGCCCCCGCAGCCCCCCUCCCGCAUGGACACCCUCCUGAUUGCAGGGCAAAUCAACAACUACUGCUCGAACAUUAAGGAGUUCACGUCUCAGAACCUUGGCAAGCUGUUCAUGGCGGAGUCUCUCCAAGGCCACAACAGCUAGAGCGGCACUGUGUGAAAAAGAAGCUGGAGAGACAACCAACGCAACGCCACGCCACACAACAACAACCAUAACAACACGAUUGGCUAAUGAUUCUACAACGCAAACAAUGUGACCCGACCCAACCCAAGCCCCCUGCGUAGGCUUGGGUUGGGUCACACUGUUUGCGGUGUCGACACUCAUUUUUAAUUCAUGAAGAAAAUCCAUUCAGGAAAUGAGGGAAGGGUUAAAUGGUACCCUGUACAGGUCAUUUUCAAUAAAAUAUACUACAAUUCAAAGAA